GACUACUACGCCACAAUGAAUCAGUCUUGUGAAUAUUCGCGAACUAUGCGGUCGCCAUAUGAUGAUUUUUCAAUCGUGUCGGAUAGCGGUGAAGAAGGUAGAGGGAAUAGCCACAGCUAUGGAAACAAAAAUUAUAGUUGUACCAUACCAUAUCACGCGCGUGAAAAUUCGUUGCCAUUUAGUUACGGACAAAUAAAUAAGACGCCGACCUCAUUGCGUAGUGUUGGUCCAUCUAAUGGAAUCCAUCGCCUUCAACAUGGCGCUGAUGCUGGCUCCAGUGAUGCUAUCGAUUUCGGAUUCGGUUCAAGUUCAGUGCCAUCCAAGGCGGAUGAAAAUUACAGUAUGGACGCGAAUCUUUAUUACGGUGCUAAUUCUAACAACGGUUUAACGGCCACAUUAAGAUCGACAACAACACCAACUGCAAAAAAGUCGGCACAGGGAAGUAACACAGACGCAAUAAGUACGAUCAAAGCUCAACCACGACUUACGAGUCCGAUAUUGGUACGUAAAACGCUCAAUAGCCGAUCGCCUACGCGUAAUGGAGCUACCAAUACCAACACUAUCGCCAACACAUACCAUUACAAGUAUGGAAACGACGAUGACAAUAUUUUCGGCGCUCCCGUCGGCAUCAGCAGUAGAAGCCACAGCAACACUUUAAAAGGCAAAUUCGACAGUGACAAUUAUGAUUACAGUAACGAUUUCAAACACAAUAACGACAACAGUAGCAAAAAUCAUAGUUUCAACAACAACAAAAACAAGGGCAACAAAUUUGGUAUUGACGACACAGUCGAUGGAAACGUGAAUGUGCGGAAAAUCCAUCCACGCAAUGACUUUGAGGAAUUAUUACGCGAACGUCGGGAAAAGGUUUUCCGUGAACAUUACCGAUCCGUUGGAUCAACUCAAGCUGUCGAUGGCAUCAAUGGAAGUAGGUUUCAAACUUCGCCUAACUCUCAGAAWUUCAACUAUGAUUUCGAAUUUCACUUAAAUGUUGACGAUGCACCGCCCCCACCACGUCGUGCUCACACUAUGGACCGAUCGUCGCUACAACAAUUACAGCAAUAUCGUACUCGCGACAUUCCAGUUGCCAGCGAGGUCGUUACGCCAACCGUCAAUUCGUCGAUUGUGGAACGUAAUUACCACACAAUUGGCUCCUCUAUUGCUAAUAGAAAAGCAAGCGAAACAUGCGCUUCUACUCAGCAAAAUUCACUAGUUCGUCAACAAAUUCAACCACAGCAACCACAGCAACCGCAACAUCAACAACGACGUGAAAUUGAAACGCUUUAUAGUACAGUGGAGAAACGUACGUCAAAACCUUCUCCAAUACAAACACAACAACCGCUUCGAUCAACAGAGUACUCCCCAUAUGGAAAUGGAAACGUGAGUACGGCUAGUUAUGGAUUUGACAAUCAUAACGAGUAUGCUGCAAAUAAUCGGAGCUCAUUGGGAGCCGCCGUAGUUGCACGCAGCCGCAAUGACGUGUCACCACCAAUUUAUGCUACUACCACUAAGCAUAUCACCACAGCUAAGAAAACAUAUCACAACCACAUUGUAUCCGAACCAGAAUUGUCUUUUAAAGAUCGCACAUUGGGGACUUCAUUGUCACUGCCAAUUGACUCUGCUUCGGCUGGCGCUGUGAAUGAAUUCGAACCGGGUAAAAUUUCGCCAUCAAUGGUCGCACGCCCCGAAACACCAGCAUUUCCAGUUACUCCACGUACACCACAUGGUGUAUACAAUGGACAAAACAGUCCUACGGGCUAUUCASCUAGCCCAAUGUUACAACAAACAGAUCUAACGAAAGGAAAAUCAACACUAGACUUGCACAACUACUCUUCGGAGACAAUUUACCGUGCAAGUUGCCGCCCACGCCUCGACUCCAACAUGUCAAUGGUUAAUAGUGAACCGCAGGAAGUUGCCGCACAUCUGGUCAAAUUUGCCAAAGAUUCGUCGAAAUACUGGUACAAGCCGAAUUUGUCGCGCGAAGAAGUUGUUCAGUUGUUACUACAUGCUGAACCAGGUACAUUUAUAGUUCGUAAUUCCACAACAUACAAGGAUAACUAUGGUUUAGUGGUACGUGUUUACCAACCACCCCCAAAUAGUGAACUUACAGGCCAACCCGACGAUUUAGUGCGCCAUUUCCUCAUUGAGCCAACAAAACACGGUGUACGCUUGAAGAGUUGUGCCAAUGAACCAGUUUUUACAUCACUAUCAGCUCUUAUCUAUGAACAUUCAAUCAACAAAUUAGCCUUGCCCUGUUUGUUACGCAUACCCGAACACGAUUUGAUACCAUCGUUAACCGAACCGUCUAGUGCUCAAAAGCAAUUGCUAACCCAGGGCGCAGCUUGCAAUGUACUGUGGCUGUACUCAUGUGACACUGAAUCAUUAACUGGUGAAGAGGCAAUCCGUAAAGCCAUACGACAAUUAUACUCCCAAGAUCGACUGCAUAUGCCAACAGAAGUGCACUUUAAAGUCACUCAACAAGGAAUUACCAUCACCGACAAUACCAGGAAAAAAUUCUUCCGAAAACACUAUCCCGGCGAUAGCAUCUCAUUUUGUGCCAUAGAUCCAGAUCAUCGUCUCUGGGAAAUCCGAUUGACGGAAGAAGAAGGCAGUGACAAAAAUAGUACCCCGGUCGGAGCGCUAAAGAAGACAAUAUUUGCGUUUGUGGCUCGUAGCUCGCCAAAAUCGAAAGACAAUCAAUGCCAUGUAUUUUGUGAUUUAGACAUUCAUCAGCCAGCUUCAGCCAUUGUUUCCUUUGUCAAUAAAACAUUGCCAACUGAGAAAGAACGUAAUUUUGUGCUUUGAAAAAAGA